AUGAUUCGUACAACGACAGUUUGUUGCAGUCUUCCAGAAGACACAGAUCGAUUGGCCUUGUGCGACUCCGGUGACAUCACGGAGGCCGAAGCAAGCCUGGAGAAGGCUCGGUCUGUGCCGCCUAUGCCAAGGGAGGGCUCCCUGCCAGAGGAAACUCGUGGUCGCCAUGCAGGCUGGCUGGCUCCCGUUUCGAGUCCACAGUCUGCUGCCACAAUUCGUGGCCCAUGUCCCUUUCAAUCGCAGGAAGCGCUGCUGCCAGCGCUGCCCCAAGGUUGGGGGGCAGACCUUGGAAGUUGGCUUUGGCAAGCCGUUGGAGGAUUGUGCUGUUUCUCCAGAUGCAAGACGGAGCUGUGA